AUGUCUUUUUAUAAAUAUCUAAUUCUUUAUGAAAUAAAGCCAAGAAAUAACUCAAUAAACUUAAUAUCAUAUUUAGAUGCAGAUGAUCCUUAUAUAAUUUGGAUUAAUUGCAUAGUUAUGAGAUUGAUAAAGAAAUACAGAAGAAACUUCUAGCUUUUCCUUCAGUUAUUAAAGAUAGAAAAGCUAAGAAUCUAAUAGAGUGAUUGUUAAGUAAAACUUCUGAAUUGAGACUUGGCUCAUCAUAUGCCAGCUUGAAAAAUAAUGCCUUUUUUGAAAGAUUUGAUUAUGUAAAUAUAUUAUUAAUAAUAUUAGGAUAAUCUUAUAAAUAGAGAAUUGAAACCUCCGUAUUUACCACCUAAAAUUAAAUUGCAUAUUGAAAAAGACAUAUAGAAAUCAAUAUAGGUUGGAAAAUUGAUAUUUGAAGAAAUAAAAGUAUUGAAUUAAUAAAAAAUACAAUGA